CAAGCGCCAUUGUUGAUUGACAGGCCAAUCUUUUUUUCUAUAAAUAUUGAAGCAUUCUUGUGUGUUUCUCCCAUUCACUUGACCAACUUCAGACCAUAGUGCUAAUCUCUUGCUAGGAACCUGAUUAUUAUUUGUCUCAAAUCUUCUUCUCCUUUUCUUGUAUUAAGUUUAUAGGUAGCUUCUUCAAGAAAGAGAGUUAGGAACUCAUCAAUGGAUUCAUCAUGGGUGAACACGUCUCUUGAUCUCAACAUCAAUCCCUUCAAGCAUGUCAAUGAAACUCAAGCUCAAGAGAUCAAAGAGUUUGAGGGAUAUUCAACUAGGUUUGAACAGAAAGUACAAGUUAAAAAAGAGGCUGGUGUUAGUGCUCUUGUUGAAGAGUUAAAUAGGGUGAAUAGUGAGAACCAGAAGUUAACAGAAGUGCUUGGUGUUGUAUGCGAAAAAUACCUGAGUUUGCAAAAACAUUUAGCUGAUUUGACGAGCAAGAAUUCAGAAAAAGAACUCAUGAGUACACCAGUAAUAUCAAUGAAGAGAAAGGCAGAGAGUGAAGAUUAUAGCAACGUGAUUAAUGCAAUCAAUGGAGGAAACACAGAAAGUAGUUCUAGUGAUGAAGACUCAAGUAAAAGGCCACAGGAGAAUCUGAAGACAAAGAUUUCAAGGGCUUAUUUUCGGACUAAUGCAUCCGAUACAAGCUUGGUUGUGAGGGAUGGCUAUCAAUGGAGAAAAUAUGGUCAAAAGGUUACCAGAGACAAUCCUUCUCCUAGGGCUUACUUUAAGUGCUCAUUUGCCCCAAGUUGCCCUGUCAAGAAGAAGGUUCAAAAAAGUGCUGAAAACCCUUCAAUUUUGGUAGCAACUUAUGAAGGAGAGCACAACCAUGCUAGCCAUUCUCAACCUGAACUAUCAUUAGGUUCAAGCCAAAGUUCUAGUUUUGGUCCAGUUCCCAGUCCAUCAUCCAUCAGAACUUCAGUUCCCACUGUGACCCUUGAUUUGAUCCAAAGUGGAAUGCAUGUUGACAGUGCUCAAAAGACUGUUCAAGAAAAUCUUCAAGUGCCAGAAGUUCAGAAAGUUUUGGUCCAACAAAUGGCUUCUUCUUUGACAAGGGAUCCAAAUUUCACAGCUGCACUGGCAGCUGCUAUCUCUGGGAGAUUCAACCAGACUCGGAUUGAGAAAUUGUGAGGUUGAAAACACUGCUGUUGUAGAGAAUUUAGAGUUUUUAUAGACACUAUGCAUUUUUAUAUGUAAUUUGGAGAGCAUUGAGUUACGUAUAUAUAUAAUAUAAGUUUGAAAAAAAAAUUAAACGAAA